AUGGAUUUCGCUGCUCCUCUGAAAAACCGAAUGAAACCUGUAAUAACAACUUUUGUACGAACUAUGGCUGAUGUACUAAUUGUCAAUUUGUUUAAGUCUGAUGUUUCAAAACACAGGAGAUUUUAUCUGCUAAAAGAAUUUGUUAAAGAUAUACUAAUGGACCUUGUAGUGGAUUUGCUUAUUUUUGAUUUGAAGAUUGAUCACAAUUUUCCGUUCUAUCUGAUUGAGAAGAUACAAAAUGCAUUCAAAAACCUUUUCAAAAACUUAAUAACAUUUACACUACAAGCUCUAGUAAACUACCUAUUAAAUGUAGUGCGUCAACGUCGCGCUAGAAAAGAAGGAGUUGGUAAAGUAGAAGGAGAUGCUGGUGGAGGAGGAGGAGGUGGGGGUAAAGGUGUUAAAGAAGUUGAAGAAGGACAAGAAGUUGCUAUUAAUGAAGGAGAGGGAGGAGAAGCUGGUGGUGGUGGUGAAGGAGGGGAAGAUGAUGGUGGCAACGCUGAUGAUGAUCGUGAUUCGGCUUAUCAUUCUGCCGGUGAUUCAGAUGAUAGUGCAGAUAAUGAAUCGAAUGAUAAGACUUGUUUUGAUGUUAUGCUUGCAAAACAUAAAGAAGCGUUUAAUGGUUCUGGCAAUGUAGUUGGCAAAUUAGAAGAUAUGCUCAAAGAUUAUGUUAAUGUGUUCGAGCAACUAAGAAAUUUGCUUAAUGAUUAUAGCACAAUGUUUGAUGAACUGCUCAACUUUUUUAACAAUCUAAUGAAGAAACUACUCGAACUUUUCAAUGAUUUGCUGGUGAUACUGCUUAAUUAUUUGAAUAGUAUAUACGACAAUCUAACGGAUAAUCUAAAAGAUGUACUUAGAUAUUUUAUUAAAAUGAUGCUUACAGAAAAGAAGGUUGAAAAGAUGUUAAUGGGGAUGAUUAAAAAUUUAAUUGAUGAUCAGCUAAAGAAAGUAACAAAAAAGCCGUUUAUAGAUUUCAAAUUAGCGUUAGAAUAUGAAGCAAAAGAUGUAUGUGAUGAUGAUGGGGAAAAAUAUUUGGCAAUUUCUACGAAUUUAUCGUUAAAUGCAUCAUAUAAUAAAGCUUCGUCAAAUGGUUCAGAAGAGGUAGUAAAGUUAAUACAUAACCCCAUACUUGUAUUGCUCGGGUAUCCCGAUCCCGUGUCACGGAUCGGGAAAAUUUCCUGA